CCUGGGAGCGUGCCCGGACUGCGGCGCAGCUCCCGUCCGUCCGCUGCCCCGGCCCGGCAGAGCCCCCGACCCGCACCGCGCUGCUCUGAGGCGGGCGCCAGGAGACACUGCAGGGGUGGCGUUGCCGCGGGCUGCCGGGCUUGGCGCCGGUGCGUGCGCUGCUGCAGGAAGCCGGCCGGGACCGGGAGCCAGAGUCAGCCCCAGGCAGAGCGGCGGCCCCUCGGUUCCAGCCACUGCAGGGGCAUCAUGGCCGUGGAUGUGGCCGACGUGGCAGAAUACCACCUGAGCGUCAUCAAGAGCCCCCCUGGCUGGGAGGUGGGAGUCUACGCUGCAGGGGCCCUGGCCCUGCUGGGAAUCGCAGCUGUGAGCCUGUGGAAGCUCUGGACAUCGGGCAGCUUCCCCAGCCCCUCCCCAUUCCCAAAUUAUGACUACAGGUACCUUCAGCAGAAGUAUGGCGAGACCUCCGCGGAGGCCAGGCCAAAGACAAUGCCUGCCUGGAACACCCAGCGGGCCAGGACUCGGGGACCACCCAGUCGCAAGGGCAGCCUCAGCAUCGAGGACAACUUUGAGGCCAUCAGUGAGCUGGGGCCGUUGGAGCUGAUGGGCCGCGAGCUGGACCUGGCCCCCUAUGGGACCCUCCGGAAAUCCCAGUCGGCCGACUCCCUGAACUCCAUCUCCUCCGUGAGCAACACCUUCGGGCAGGACUUCACGCUGGGCCAGGUGGAGGUGAGCAUGGACUACGACCCAGCCUCCCACACCCUCCACGUGGCCGUGCUGCAGGGCAAGGACCUCCUGGAGCGCGAGGAAGCCAGCUUCGAGUCCUGCUUCAUGCGCGUGAGCCUGCUGCCCGACGAGCAGAUCGUGGGCAUUUCCAGGAUCCAGAGGAAUGCCUACUCCAUCUUCUUCGAUGAGAAGUUCUCCAUUCCGCUGGAUCCCACGGCCCUGGAGGAGAAGAGCCUGCGGUUUUCCGUGUUUGGCAUUGACGAGGACGAGAGGAACGUCAGCACCGGGGUGGUAGAGCUGAAGCUCUCGGUACUGGACCUGCCCCUGCAGCCCUUCAGCGGCUGGCUCUACUUACAGGACCAGAACAAGGCUGCUGACGCAGUGGGAGAGAUCCUGCUAUCCCUCAGCUACCUGCCCACAGCUGAGCGCCUCACCGUGGUGGUGGUAAAGGCCAAGAAUCUUAUCUGGACCAACGACAAGACCACAGCAGACCCCUUUGUGAAGGUGUACCUGCUACAGGAUGGGAGGAAGAUGAGCAAGAAGAAGACAGCCGUGAAGAGAGAUGACCCCAACCCAGUGUUCAAUGAAGCCAUGAUCUUCUCGGUGCCAGCCAUUGUGCUCCAGGACCUAUCUCUCCGUGUGACGGUGGCUGAGAGCAGCAGUGACGGCCGUGGGGACAACGUGGGCCACGUUAUCAUCGGGCCAUCAGCCAGUGGCAUGGGCACCACACACUGGAACCAGAUGCUGGCCACACUGCGCAGGCCUGUGUCCAUGUGGCACCCUGUCCGGCGAAACUAGCAGCCAGGGCAGGCCAGGCGGACGGCGGAGCCUCUAGAGCCUGGUGCCCACUCGCUCUAUCCAAUGCCCUCUCCAUUGACCAACUGGAGCUGCGGACACUGGGGUACCCCGGGGGAGUCCCCAUCAGCCAACUUGGACCCUCUGUCUGGGAACCCAGGUUCUUCUGCUGCAGACCAGCUAUGGCUGGGCCGGGUCCCAGAGGGGGCAGCUGACACUGGCCAAUUGUGCACCACCUCCAGAUCCUCAUGAGGCCUGUCCUUGGUGUGCAGGGACUUGGCCUCUCAGAGCUGGCAAGCCCCACCCCCACCUCCUGGGAGGCCAGUGACAAGCAGUGACAA